AUGGAGGUUUUCAAAGGGCUGCAAUUGUCCACUUAUGGUGAUUUCAUUGAAGCUGCCACAAAUUAUCUUUCAACAUUUGAAAUGCGUCUAUUUGUGUACAUCUGCUGGAGCUUAUGGAAAAAUAGAAACAAGGCGAUUUUUGAAGCUUGUUCUAAAAAAGAAGAGAUGAUUUUUAAUGGAGUAGUUCAUUUGGCUGAGGAAUAUGGAGAUCUGAUGAGAAGAGAAUCUAAUAUAGUUAUUGAAAAGGCUUCCAAAUGGUCUCACCCUCCUGUUGGUAAGUUUAAACUCAAUGUAGAUGCUGCUUAUACUCCUGAUACGGGUGUGGGUGGAAUUGGUGCUGUCAUUAGAAAUGAGAAAGGGGAAGUGAUGGUGGCUACGGCCCUUCCCCUUGACACUGCCACCUCCCCCAAACAUGCCGAGAUCAUGGCACUUCAAUUCAGUUUGAACUUUGCUUGGGAUGCAGGCUUCUCUUCUAUCCUGGUUGAGUCUGAUUCACAAGCAGUGGUUAACAAUUUAAAUACUGAUGAGGAGUCUUUCGCACCAGAAGGGCAUCUCAUUGAUGAUGUCAAGAGGAGUUUGCAAUAG